UUGUGAUUAAUCAAAGUUAUCGUGCCACUAUACUAAUCUCAAGUAUUUCUUGGAUUCCAGUUUGGCACUUUGUUCAGAUUGUCCACACAGGUCAAGUUAGCGUGGGCAAUAAUUAUAGUUCCAGCAUAGCUCUUCGGGACCUGUUUGAUUGCCUAUCAAUAGCCAAAUCAAAGCCUCCAAUAUGAGACACCACCGCCGGAGCCUAGGGAUUCUAGGACACUUUGUCGGAGUUGAGCAGAUUCUAUUCAGAUUCCUACAUAGCGCGGGGAGAAGCGUGUCUCCACAAUCUUAAAUUUCAAUAUUUUCCGUAAAAUUUCACUGUCAGAUGAAUUUCAUGAAACUUUUUAUCCACUACUAUUGAGCACAGCAAUCGGCACUCAGACACUUCGGUAAGAAUUUAUACUAGUUUUCCUUUCCUUUUUAGCACCUCAUGAGUGUAAAAAAAUUGCUUGGAGAAGUUGUGUUAGUAAAUUUUUACUCAGAUGCCCGAGCAUUCACCACAAAUGCGGCAAACACUGUUCUUGUGCAGCGCGGUGUCAAAGAGUGCUCUCUUCGCCACUUUCUCACAAACUGGGCAUUUUCAACACGCACAUCAAUUUCACUGGGUCGCUGUAUGGCAUAUUAUUGCACACUAGGGCACAGAGAGGCUCAGAACACGAGAGAUUGUUGAGCGUGUAUUCUCACAAUUCCACUCUGCUGCUUCGCCUUCAAGUGGCUGAGUGACAAAGAACUCCACGCGCAAAGUCCCUUAUUUGGCCGCGUGUGCGGCAUUGCUAAACAUCGCCAGUUCCCGCAAUGCGAGUGACGUUCGAUGUUUUCAUUUGACGUCUUCAUCGGGCAACUUCUGUCAUUUGUGAGGAAAAAGUGAGGGCUUUAGCACGUUUUGGGAGCGUCCCUUAACUCGGCAAUUUUACCCUGCUAAAGGCGCUGCGAAUAGAAAUCGCGUUGUGUGAAAGUGUGCAGAGGGUGUUAGAGAACACUUUGGAGCUGAGUUUUUUGCUGUGGGCUAAACGGCUUGUGAAUCUGAUCGCGUUUAUUGGGGUGGUAUUUUUUGCUCCGAGAUCUCUCGGGAACGCCAUUUUGGCGCAACCCAAGCGCUGCUGCGCAAUUUCCGGAGCAAAGCCUUCCACGAUGUGCCUCAAAUUUCUCAACAUUGAUGCUUGGCUCUGGUAGAGUGCUUAGCAAUAGUUUUGGUUUUCUUUUGCGGUGAUUUCAGAUUGAUUGAUUCUGGCGAGCCACAGAUUUCGCUGUUAUGGAGAACUUCAUAUUCCGAAAGAAGAGAAAGAUGGAUGAGGUAAAGCACAAGGAAAAAUUGAAGGAGCUUCAGGAGAAAUACAUUCCUUUUCUCGAUGACCUGAUUACAAAGUUGAAGAAUGCCAAUACCGAAAAUUCGAGGGAGGCGCAGCUGACGAAGAUGCAGAGUCUCUAUGAUCUGCUGAAAAACAAACCAAAAACACUAAAGUCGGACAUUUUGGAUAAGACGGAGAAUGUUCUGAUAAAUUUGUACCAGAAGUUUGGUCCAGCCAAGGCAAUCGAUCAGAAGGAACGAGAUGAGUCCAACAGCUCAAGGGUCGUGGCGAUAAGACCUAAUUUAGAUGUCGUGCGCUCGGAGGGCAGUCCAAGUCAACUGAAUUUGCAUGCUGUCAAGCAGAAACUUCUCCAAGUAGAUGCUUCGAAGGGGAGAGAUGUUGAUGUUCCUGACAAGCAAGUGAAUGAGUCAUUGCUGAAGCAGAAGGCUAGUGCCAUUAUUGGCGACAAAGCUCGACCAACGGAUCCACGUUUUGAACGCCGAGCUGUGGCAUCGGAAACCAGCUCAAUAACACUGCAUAUCAACAAAAUAUCAACUGUGAUUUCAUCUCGAUCGGAUAGGAGUUUGAUGAAUGCACCUCAAGAUGCUGUGGUACCAGACGGAUAUCCGAUUCCACUUUCGAACUUCCAAGGUGGCGGCAGAGGAAUGGAUUUGUAUUGUCGCCGAACUCAAGAUAAUAUGUUCUACCAGCGUCGCUAUCCAACACCAAAUAAUGGACCUCCACAGAAGUCAUUCAAUCCUACAUAUCCGGGUCCGUCACGUCAAAUUCGUCCGAUGCUGCCGAACAACUCUUCAAUGAAUCCUGACAUGAACAUCCUAAAUAGCCCGCCUUUGUCUAGCGAUGAUAUUCAGUCGCUAAUGGGAGAGCAGACUGAUUGUGCUCCGAGUGGAAGCACAACGACAGUCAGUCAGAGUGAGACAGUGCGCUUGGCACUUAAAUACAAUCCUCAUCCGCCGAAGAAGUCCUUUGAGAGAUCAUCUCAUCUACCAAUUGACGCAACGGGGAACAUUACUGUGAGUUUGGAUGAUCCCAGGCUGAAGAAACCUCUUCCACCACCAAGAACUGAUCCGAGACGAGACUUUCACGGAAAAAGAUACGAUGCGCCACAGAACAAGCCUCAAAACACGGUGACAAAGUAUGUGCACCGAAAAGUCACGGAAAUGAAGUCCGCCACCUCUUAUUAUGAGUGCAAGAACCCCCCUCCACCGAAAAAGCCAUUCAAUUCAAUGGAGCGUCGAUCCGAAUUGGAUGAUGAUGACACUGUUGACCGAUAUAGUCUCGUCAAGCCUUGUGAUUCAUCUGAGAGUGCGAAGUUUGACAAAUCUAGAGCUAUAGAAGCACCUCCACGUAAUGAUCAGGCUUCAACUUCAACGUCUCAAGGUAUGAAAUCACAGUUCGACAACAUGUACCGGAAAAAUAGUUUCUCGCAUGAUUAUGACAAGCAGGUGAAGAGUAUUCAUAAAGGUAUCCAGAGUUUUAAAAUACCGAAAAAGGCACAAAAUACUCCUGGCAAUGCUAGCAAAGAAAAGAAGAGUGAGAAACCGAUACAAAAAGUGACGGCAAGUGAGCAGUCGAAAGACGAGUCGUUGAAAGAGAAGAAAUCGUCAGAUGAUAAGAAUGUCAAAAGUAAGGGAUCACGAAAGAGAAUCAAAAUUAUUGAUUCUGACUCGGAAACUUCAGAUAUGGAAUCGGAAAUCACAUUGUCAAAAAGGAGUGAGAAAUCAGAGACAGCGGUCAAGGUGAAAAAGGCUAACAAGAGUUCUAAGAAAAGAUCCAGAGCAGCAAUGGAGGACACAAAUGAAGAUGGUCCUGCUCGAUCCAGAACUUCAACACCGGAGCCCGUGUCUAGUAGUUGUCAAGUGGAUAAUGAGGUUCCCGAAAAAUCUGAUGAUUCAUCGAGUCAAACGAUUCCUGUAGAGACAGAGACGGCAAAAGAUGGAAUAACCAAGGUGUGGUUGGAAUCGUUCCUCUCCAACAUGUUCAAUCCUAAUAUGCUAACAAAGGAGAAGCUCAUGGAUAUCAUGAAGAAUGUUUUGGAUGAGAAGAAAUUUGAGAAAGUGAAGUCCAUUGUGGAUGGUAAGGACGAUGAAGAAGACAAGGAAGAGAAUUCGCGACAAGAAGAGCCGAAAGCAAGCAAUGAAGUGCCAGAGAAGCCCACAACGACUGUGACUGAUUCAGCAGCUGAUGCUCCAACUACUGUUCCCGAAGCAAAACCAAAGAAAAAGCCACCGAAGCCUGGUGUGAAGGAGUUAGAGAGGCUGAAUGAGGACAUUCGCACGAUGUUCAUAUCCGAAGGUGUUUUGACUGCAACAGGUCGUCGAAUGUGCACCGAACUGAGGAGAAAGAGAAUAAACUACAACGAAAGUAGCCCUACAGCAAGUCCCGAGAAGUCGUUGAAGAAUAAGGCAGCAGAAGAACAGAAAGCAUUGCAGUCAGGAUCUGAGCCUGGACCGUCAAAGAGGACUCGCGGUAAGAAGGAUUCUGCGGAGACAAAAGGGAAGGAAGCUAAAAAGAACACAUUAACGGAGAAAAAGGACGAGGACAUAGCGAAAAAGUUCUUUGAGGAAAAACGGCUUGAUAUCAACAGACUGUUGAAAGUUGAGUUGGAGAAACUCGAUGAGAAGGAUAUUCAGCAGAAAUUGCGUGGGAAAAGAGGACGUCCGAAGAAGGUAUCUGUUGAGACACCGAGUGACGCUCCAACACCGAAGAAAAAGAAAAGUCCCAGGGGAAUAUGGAUCUUCUCGAGGAAGAAGAAGUCGCAGCGAUCUGUGUCACCGGUUGAUGAAGAUGACGAUGGCGAGGAGGAAGAAGCACAGGAGGAGGAAGAGGAGAAUUUCGAAGAUACUGCAGAGCUUCCUGAGCCGCCUCUAUUGAAAAAGCGUCCAGGACCAAAGUCCAAAACUGAAAUUCCUUCUCCGGUUUCAGUCAAGAAGUCAGAAACUAAGACUUCUGCAGCACCAAUGGAUAUUACGUACAAUGCUAUGAAACCCGAGCCGAUACGUUCAUCAGUGAAGAACACUGAUUUGAGUGUGUCGAUAGUGAAUCCGAAUUUUUGCAAAAUUUGCGAUUUUCGCGGAAAGAACAUGGUUUCGCAUUAUUUGAAAAUUCAUCCCCUGAAUGAGGUGUUCUGCUCUCGAUUGCCGAAAAACAUUUCGGAGUUCCUGAAGACUCACGCUAAAGGAAUGCUUUAUGCUGAUGGCCAUAGCAUGAAGUUGCAAUAUAGCGGUGCCAAAAUUUUUGGACACUGUAUCUUUUGCAAGGAAGAGGUGUAUGAGUCGCCAAAAGGAUGGCUGACGCAUUACACGAGGCACACUGGUGAAUAUGAGUACAAGUGCAGUUGCGGGUUUCAGUCAUGGUCGGUGAAGAGCAUGAAGAUGCACGAGAAGAAGUGUGAGAAGCAAGGAACGUACGUUUUCAAUGAGAUUGUGCACAAUCCUGAUAUGAAGUACAUCGAGGCAUAUAUGUGUGGUGAUUGUAACUUCAUUCAAUUGCUCGAGGUGAAUACGCGCAAUCACGUGAUUACGGAGCACCCAAACGUGCCUCAAGUUCACACAGUUGUGCUUUUGAAUUUCAAUGAUGUAUCCGUGAAGGAUCAUCAUCAGAUGUUCCUGGAAAUGUAUAAGUUCAAUGCGGAGAAUCACGAGGAAGAGGGCGUGUUCAAGACGACGAGCGAGAAUGACAAUGAAGAGAUCACGAGCAAGUCCAUUUUGGCGGACAUUUCUAAGACUAUUCCAAAUGAACCGGUGAGAAGUAUUGCCAACAAGUUACAUGAGAGAUUUGGAGAGAGACCAAGAGUCAGCGUGGACUCGAGUGAUGUUGUCGUAAAGACUGAGUUGCCAUUAAACGCAAGUUCCUCGCAAGACACCAUAUCGGUAGACAGCAAGUCAGAGGAUAUGAAUUUGUCUCUCGUUGACAGUACAGAUAAUCCCAUUUCCUACGAUGACGACGAGUGGGAAGAUAUAGAGAGCGACAGUGAUGAGUCAGAAUCUAAAUUCACUCAGAGCAAGAAGUUGGCUCGAUUGGCGCAGAAGAAGAGAAAACUCGAUGGACUUGAAGGAACGCCAAAGAAGGCGAAAAUCGAUGUGCCUCAAGAGAUUGUUGGUGUGAUUGACGUGGAACAGCAGAAAGAGAAGUAUGAAAUUAAAUGUGGCACAGUGAACAAUUUGAUGUGCAAGCUGAUUUAUGGUAAGCUGGAGUAUCAUUGCUUACUGCAGAAUUGCUUAUACAUCAGUUCAUCGAUGGAACUGUUUGUCGAUCACUUGAUAAAAGUGCAUGACGAUGAUGUUUGGACGGGAUUCUGCAAUAUCUGUAAGCGCGAUAUAUCCUCCAUGCCCACAACAUUGGUGAAGGAGUUCCAUCAUCUGGUGAACGAACACAAAUGGAGGAAAUUUGAUAAUUUUCCGAAAUCACAAAUCAAAGAGGAAUCGCGCCCGGCAAUUAGGAUUAGACGCUUGUCAGGAGAUAAGUUGUCAGCACAGACAGAAGCCUUUAAGGUGCCCACUUUACCCACGCAGCAACCGCGAUCUGUGAUAAUACGAAAGGUGAGCAGAUCUCCGGAAGCGCCACGCGUAAUCUCGCCAUCCAGAUCACCGCCAGCGACUGCAUCGACGUCAGUGUCCACCAACAAGAAGACUUUCAUUAUCAGGCCUCGCUCUUCAUCGACCGUGACUUCUGACGCUAUUUCGGUUUUGAAAAGCAGCACACCUAAGGAGUCUCAGUCCAUUGACAACGCAGAUGUUGGGAAGCUCAGCCAAAUUGCCACCAAAACUCAACCUACAGCGAAGAUCAGUCAGCGCAGAGCCACGAUUUCUGCGGAAGCUCCACCACCAUUGAAGCCUACUCCACUUAAUCAAGCGUUCUGCCUGAAACCGUGGACGAAGAAACCAUGCUUGAAGGCUCCCCAACUUGUGAUGAAGAUGCUGCAGAGAGACGCAAUUUUUGCCGCGUACAAGUGCAUGGGAAUGGAAUGUUCCUACUCCACAAACGAUGAGUAUGUGAUGAUAAUGCACUUGUCCUCCCAUGACAAAAUGAUCGAGGACCAAAUGGAGACAACCACCAUCACGGACACCUCAUCGUGGCUCGAGUGCUGCUACUGUGACUACAUGGCUGGCAGCACGCGAGAUCUCAUCAGUCACGUGAACAAGGAGCACCUGUACUGCGAGUACCUCUGCCCGAAGUGCUUCUAUCGUGCAUGUAAUGCCAAUUACGUGGCAAGGCAUUUGUUGGUGUAUCACAACUCCUUCAUGAAGGCUUACAGGAUUCAGUCGAAGCGCAAGGAAGCCAAGGAGGAAAAUCCGGUGGUUAGCGUCAGAGAGAAUGUAAAGCUUCUGUUGUGCAAACAUUGUCCUUUGAAGUUUCUCAACUACGCUCUCUUUGAGCAACAUCUGAGGGAGCACGGCGAGUCGAAGUUUGAAUGCACCUUCUGCGAUGGUAUGAUUCGUGUGGAGAACAUUAAGAAGCACAUGGCUUGCCACUCGAUUGGGAACUUUGAGUGCAUCUACUGUGAAAUGGCGACGAGCAUUAAGCAUAACUUGGCGCAGCAUAUUUGCGAUAAACAUCCCAACAAGACUUUGCUGUACUAUAAUCGUGAUGAGGAUCAGGAUCUUGCGGACAAAUUCAAACUAUCGAGCUUCGACGACUUCUGUACAUCGCCGGUGUUCAAUUCAGUCUCAGCGCAAAAGAGUCCUGCCGGAUCGACGCGUUAUGCGCCAAUUACUCCGAAGCCGAGCACCAGCAAUGACGCCACUUCUGAGGGAAACUUUCCGGUUAUCUCGAAUGUGGUGAGCCUGAACAAACAAACAACGCCGUCGCUUGUGAUCAAAGAUGUCUGCACACUGUCGAAAGAGGAGGCAAAAUCUUUGGAAUCGAAGACGGCAGAGGUCAGGGCUUCAGAAGUCAGGGCAGAACCAAUAAAGGUGCCGGAGAUCGUCGGCUCGGCGAGGACUCUGACGGCAGCCGAGAGGCAGGAGUAUGGACUGGGUAACUCGGAACGGUCGAGGAGGAUGUCGAAUCUGAUUGCUGAUUGGGUGAGACAGAGCGGAGCGCGGCUGUCGGAUCUGCUCUGUUGUUCGGAAAGUGACUGCAAAUACAAGGCAUAUGGCAGAGGAGAGUUCAUGGAACACAUCGACAGGAGUCAUGCCAAUUCGCUGCUCAAGUGUCCGCGGUGUGUGAAUGUCUUCUGGCACUCGUCGUCAUCGCUGUGGAAUCACUUGGAGAGUCACAGUCAGAAGCGCUUCAUUUGUGCCAUAUGCAAGUUCGCGGGGAAGAAUGAACUGCAGGUGGCGGAGCACUGUAUGAAGACUGCUCACAAGUGGAGAGGAUACAAACUGGUGCUGAUAUCGAAUGGUGUCGAAGGGGGAAUUCAUAUGCUGCUUCCAUAUGACAUACCUGAUAGUCAAGUGGAUGGGUUCAAGGAGCAGUUUGUGGCUCAUAUCCAGCGCAAAGCUGACCAGGAUGGCGGAAGAGAUGCGACGGACACGUAUGGGCCGAAUGAUGAGGACAAAUUGCCCACGAAGCCCGUGGUGGCGAAGAACAUUUACUGCAAGCUCUGCGACUACAAGACAAUGAUCGUGAAGAAUCUCGUGCGACACUUUGAGGCGCAUCGACAGGAUGUGUUCGUCCCGAGAUUGGAUCCCGUUAAUCCUGUGCCGUGUCUGAACACAAGUGAGCGGAAUUUCGACAAAAUGACCAAUCUGGCGUGCAGUUCUCAUCUGGAGAAGGUGAAAGGGAGUCCUAACGAUCCAGUAUUUCUUGCGCAGUCCAAGAGAUUUGUCUGCGGCGUUGAGAGUUGCUUGUACAUCACAAUCGACGAGAUGAUGCUGAAAUCGCACCUCAGCACGCUGCACUCGCAGGAGACGUCGUACAAGUGUCCGCACUGCCUGACGGAGCUGCUGAAGGGUAGCUUCGCGGUGGAUCCUAUUCUGGCACACUAUCGUCUGCACGGACCGAAGCUGUACAUGUGCGACAAGUGUCAGCACCUAAAUGAGUCCACUGUUAACCUGGAGAAACACAUUAAGACUGUCCAUUCUGGGGCCGGAAAUAUAUAUGUGCUGCGCGAUGAGGCGAAGAGUGACACGCCGAUCGUGAGCGAGGUAACGGCGCAGAGCCCGGACGAGGCGCUGCCCAAGAAGUGGAUCUGCAAUGAAUGCAAUGAAACGACGUACCUCAAGACUGACAUGGCCAAUCACGUGGCGACCGUGCAUGGGCACAAGUAUCAGUACGCGUGUGGUUAUUGCACGACGCGCCAUAUAACCUUGCGCUACAUAAAGGAGCAUAUUCAAUCGCGCCACCCUGAAUCAAAGGUCAUCAUCAAGGAGAUGUACUCAGCUCUCGAUGGACAUGCACAGAAGCUCGCGCAGAAACCCAGUGAGUCUAUGAACUUUUGGCGACGAGAUGAGCACAGCACCAAGACGAUCAGAGGCAUUCCGUGUGAAUCGUCAGAGAUUUUGCCUAGAACGGGCGAAGGGGAGGACGAGGAGGAGAUGAGCGAUGAGGAAAUCCUGCCGCAAGACUCGCCAGCGACAUUUUUGGGUGAGGAAUUGCCUGUAGAUGAAAAUGUGGAAAAUGUGGUGGAGAAGCGACGUGUUGAGACAAUGAUUCAGUGCACUAUUUGCAACAUUACUACCAAAUCUGCCCUCACAAUGCGUAUUGUUCACUUUCCACAAUGCCAUCCCGGUGUUCCUGUGACCACGAAGAUCAUAUCAGUUGUUAGCAAAAAUGUGGAGUUGGGCGAGGGAUCAAGCAAGACGACAAGUGAAGGUGUUGCCAGCUUCUUGUACAAAUGCUUUCACUGUGACGAGGAACUGCCGACCGUGGAGGAGUUCAAGGCUCACUACGUGAGCACGCACACUGAGGAGGGAAUCCCAGAGACACCGCCAUGUUGGUAUUAUGCCGUGAAGACGAUGUACUGUGGCCUGUGUCUCGAAGUAAGCGGCACGUUCGAGACGCUGUCCAAGCACUUGCAGGCCGUGCACAAGACUGAUUCUGUUAUCGUGAAGAAGGCGAAGGAUGGAAUGGAUUGCGGUGCGUGUAACUACAAGGCGGGCAGUGAUCAGAAUCUGCUGAGGCACGCGAAGUUGCAUCACACCAAUGCGCCAGCAAGGCCGGCGAUCACGCAACUGGUGCUGGAGCAGCUGCUGCAGAUCAAGAUGUAUCACAUGAAGAGGUGCACGGCUUGCAAGGCCAUCAUCUGUGACAUCGAUGGGCGCCAGAGUGAGGAGCACUUGAGGACGAAGCACAGCGCUUCGGUGAUUGCCACCUUCGUUGGCAUUCGCAAUCCGUCGUACAUUUGCGCCGAGUGCAGCCAAAUGUUCGACACGGACUCCAGUUCCUUCUUCCACACGCUCCUCACGCACAUCAAGUCCUUCAAGUGCUCAGUGAGCACGUGCACACAGGUCUUCAGCACGGGCGAAGAUGUGCACCAGCACAUGAAGAACGAUCAUCCCGGCGAGCUGAGCGCCGUGCAGUUCUCUUGGCCGACAAAGGCGUUGCUGGAGACGCUGAUGGUCUUCCCCAAUGGCCUUGUCAUGUCGCUCAACGAUCUGCAGAUGACCAAAUACCGCCUAGACCAGAACAAGCUGAAGACAAUGAGCAGUGACUUUACACGUAAACUCAAGAUUACCACCACCAGUACCGCCAGUAAAUUGGAUAUCUGAAGACGCGCCUUCCUCAAGGCGACAUCCGCCAUUGAGGAAGAUGAAGAUAUGGAGGAUUAUGGAGAUGAGGAGACUAUAAUAGGAUAAGGAUUUUUUUUGAGUAAUGCUGUAAGCGUCUGAAAUAAACUAGUACCUAAUA